AUGUCUUUUAAACAUGGUUUGGCUAAUAAUUUUUUACACGAAAAUGUGGCUAGAUUAUCACAAUCCAUCUUAGUCAAUAUCAUGGAUAAACUUGAGAAAAUACUGAUUAUGUCACAGCUUGAUAACUUAUAUCCCAAUUUUGUUAAGGAAAGGGUUUCAAUCGAAGAUAUCCCAGAUCUCUCAGACAAAGAACUUAAUGAUCUAGGCGUCAAGACAAUUAGAGAUAAAGUUCGACUGAAGAAACUUUGUCGAUCAAGUCUAAUUGGUGAAAGUUCGCGUAGGGACAGAGACGUUAAUACAGAUCAGACUGACUGUCAUACUGUGAUGCCAGUUGAGGAAAAACAGAAUAUACAGUCAUCGGAAAAUAGUUGGAGCGGACAAGAAUCGUCGACCAUGGUUGUGCCUGAUUAUACAGGAUAUAGUAGUAGUCAACCGCUUGACAGUUCAGCAGCACCAGCCGAUGAUCCAAAUUUUGAUCUGGCACCUGGGGCGCAAGUUGACAUUGGUGACAGAGACAAUGUCUACCGAACAGGUGACAGAGUAAAUGCUGACGAAAUAGAAAAUGUUCAAACAGAACUGGGAGCAGCUUCAGCUCAAACACAAUCUAACUCACAAUACAGAUUACCCCAGAAUGCUAGAUUUAGAUUAGGCGAAGGGGCAGUGUUCAACAUGAGUAACAGAAACAACACAGAGCACAGAGGAAGUGAGAUAAAUGCAAGGAGGAUUGGAACCUACAGCAGUCGACUUCGUUAAAACAACAUUAUUAGAAAUAAAUAAAAUAUUAUUUACAAUCAUUAUAGUGCUGCAAACUACCAUCUUACAAUAUUUUCAAUGUACAUUUAUUAUAAAAUAUAUUGAUAAAAAAAAAUUUCUAAUGUCACCUUUUGUAAGAGUCACAAAUAUGUUAAAUGUUUAAUUAAAAUGUGUUUGGAUUU